UUCAGAAUCAGAUGGCUCAUGAGUUUACUGAGGACCUACAAAACCUAAAGCCCCUUUUCUCAGGAAUCAACUAUGCAAAUUUUCUGUUGACAGGGAACGAUCAGCUGAGAGCAUUAGAGAAUUUUAACUCAACCGAUGAUCGAGACUUUAUAGCUUUCUCAAAUGGCAACAGCUACUCCAAUGAUCAACAGCAACCCUAUCUCCCUAUGAACUUCGCUAGUAAUAUUCAAGGCUUGGUGCCCGUAUCUCCUACUACUCCUGCAGUUCCUGGAACUGGGUUGAGUGAAAACAUCAAGAGCUUUGGAGGAAGAAAAAGAAAGAGAAAGGACGAGAAAGAAUUGCAGAAACCAACAGAUGUUGUUCAUGUGAGAGCAAAAAGAGGCCAAGCUACUGAUAGUCACAGUUUGGCAGAAAGGGUAAGAAGAGAGAAAAUCAACGAGAAGCUCAGACACUUACAGGACUUGGUUCCUGGAUGUUACAAGACAAUGGGAAUGGCAGUAAUGUUAGAUGUCAUUAUUCACUAUGUUCAAUCACUCCAGAAUCAAAUUGAAUUUCUCUCCAUGAAGCUUUCAGCAGCUAGUAUGUACUAUGAUUUCAACUUGGAUAGAGACGAUAUAGAAACGAUGCAGGGGACAAAUGCAUAUGAAGUACAAGAGAUGGGAAGAGAAGGGUAUGGGCUACCUUCUAAUUAUUUUCAAUCAGCAAGGCCUCUUUGACUUUAAAAUCAUAAUUAGUUCUACAUAAUUUUUUUUUUCUAUACAUGCAAAGAAAAAACAUAAAAAAUAUAUAUAUAA